GCGCAGUUCGGUCUCCCGGAGGUUGCCUUCAGAUCGCUGUCUGCGGUGGCCGCUGCAGCAUCCUCUUCCUCGUCUCUCCCUACCCGUAGUCCCUUCUCCACGCCGGGCGGGGCCCGCAAUCGCCAGGAUGGCCGUGCCCCUGACCGACAGCGAAAAGCGGAAGCAGAUCAGCGUGCGGGGCAUCGCCGGGCUGGGCGACGUGGCCGAAGUGAGGAAGAGCUUCAACCGGCACCUCCACUUCACCCUGGUCAAGGACCGCAAUGUAGCCACUCCCCGAGACUACUUCUUCGCGCUGGCACACACUGUGCGCGACCACCUGGUGGGCCGCUGGAUCCGCACGCAGCAGUACUACUACGAGAAGGACCCCAAGCGCAUUUAUUAUCUUUCCCUGGAAUUCUACAUGGGCCGGACUCUACAGAAUACAAUGGUGAAUCUGGGUCUCCAGAAUGCUUGUGAUGAAGCUGUUUAUCAGUUGGGAUUAGACUUGGAAGAACUUGAGGAAAUAGAAGAAGAUGCAGGUCUUGGUAAUGGAGGACUGGGGAGACUGGCAGCUUGUUUCCUGGAUUCAAUGGCUACAUUGGGACUGGCAGCCUAUGGUUAUGGAAUCCGUUAUGAAUUUGGCAUUUUUAAUCAGAAGAUUAUCAAUGGCUGGCAGGUUGAAGAAGCUGAUGAUUGGCUACGUUAUGGGAACCCCUGGGAAAAGGCCCGUCCUGAAUACAUGCUUCCUGUGCAUUUCUAUGGCCGAGUGGAGCACACUGCAGAUGGCGUGAAGUGGUUGGAUACUCAGGUGGUGCUUGCAAUGCCUUAUGAUACCCCAGUGCCAGGAUACAAAAAUAACACUGUUAACACGAUGAGGCUGUGGUCUGCUAAGGCACCCAAUGAUUUCAACCUUCAGGAAUUUAAUGUGGGGGACUAUAUUGAAGCUGUUUUGGAUAGAAACCUGGCUGAAAACAUCUCCAGGGUCUUGUAUCCAAAUGAUAAUUUUUUUGAAGGAAAGGAGCUCCGACUGAAGCAAGAAUAUUUUGUGGUGGCUGCCACUCUCCAAGAUAUCAUUCGCCGCUUCAAAUCUUCCAAGUUUGGCUGCCGGGAUCCAGUGAGAACCUCUUUUGAAACUUUCCCAGACAAGGUUGCCAUUCAGCUCAACGAUACCCACCCAGCACUCUCUAUUGCAGAACUCAUGAGAAUCCUAGUGGAUGUCGAAAAGGUGGACUGGGAUAAGGCCUGGGAGAUCACUAAAAAGACAUGUGCCUAUACCAACCACACUGUCCUGCCUGAGGCUCUGGAGCGGUGGCCUGUCUCCAUGUUUGAGAAGUUACUGCCAAGACACCUGGAGAUUAUCUAUGCCGUUAAUCAGAAGCACUUGGAUAAUGUAGCUGCCAUGUUUCCUGGAGAUGUGGACCGACUGAGAAGGAUGUCUGUGAUUGAAGAGGGAGACUGUAAGAGGAUUAACAUGGCCCACCUUUGUGUGAUUGGCUCCCACGCUGUCAAUGGAGUAGCAAGAAUCCACUCAGAAAUUGUGAAGCAUUCUGUUUUUAAAGAUUUUUACGAACUGGAGCCAGAGAAGUUCCAGAACAAGACCAAUGGCAUCACUCCCAGACGGUGGCUACUGUUGUGCAAUCCAGGUCUGGCAGAGAUCAUUGUGGAGAAAAUUGGGGAAGAUUUUCUCACUGAUUUAAGUAAACUGAAGAAGCUUUUGCCAUUGGUCAAUGAUGAAGCAUUCAUCAGGGAUGUGGCCAAAGUCAAGCAGGAAAACAAAUUGAAGUUUUCUGCCUUCCUAGAGCAAGAGUACAAGGUGAAAAUAAAUCCCUCCUCGAUGUUUGACGUGCAUGUGAAGAGAAUCCAUGAGUACAAAAGGCAGUUGCUGAACUGCUUACACAUCAUCACGCUAUACAACCGAAUAAGGAAAGACCCAAGCAAAUACUUUGUACCAAGGACUGUCAUGAUUGGGGGAAAGGCUGCUCCUGGUUAUCACAUGGCUAAGAUGAUCAUCAAGUUGGUUACAUCCAUUGGUGAUGUUGUCAAUAAAGAUCCAGUUGUAGGAGACCGGCUUAAAGUGAUCUUCUUAGAGAAUUAUCGAGUGUCCUUCGCUGAAAAAGUGAUCCCUUCAGCUGACCUGUCACAGCAAAUCUCCACUGCUGGCACAGAGGCCUCGGGCACAGGGAACAUGAAAUUUAUGCUGAAUGGAGCCCUUACCAUUGGAACCAUGGAUGGGGCUAAUGUGGAGAUGGCGGAAGAAGCUGGGGAAGAGAAUCUUUUCAUCUUUGGUAUGAGGGUGGAGGAUGUAGAGGCCCUGGACAAGAAAGGGUACAAUGCCAAGGAGUACUAUGACCGGAUCCCAGAGCUGAAGCAAGUGAUUGACCAGAUCAGCAGUGGCUAUUUCUCUCCUAAAGAUCCUGAGUGCUUCAGGGAUGUUGUGAACAUGCUGAUGUAUCACGACAGGUUUAAAGUGUUUGCUGACUAUGAAGCCUAUAUAGAAUGCCAAGCAAAAGUGGACCAGUUAUAUAGGAAUCCCAAAGAGUGGACAAAGAAAGUCAUCAAGAAUAUUGCUUCCUCUGGGAAGUUUUCCAGUGACCGAACAAUCACUGAAUAUGCCAGAGAGAUAUGGGGUGUUGAACCCUCAGAUGUGAAGAUCCCACCCCCUAACAUCCCCAGGGAGUAGCUUGUCCUGUCAUCGAGGUGCUGUUGGGACAGCAGUCUCAUGGAUUCAAGAAGAAAGUGCUUCUGGUUUCUAGUUAACUUUGCACCUAAUGCAGUUUGCAGUCACUUUACCACCAGUGGAUUGUCUUGACUUUCUAAAAUAGUAUUUCUUAGAGAAGGAAGUGAUGGUGGUGAUGAUGGUUUAUGGGAAAAGAAUUAGGGCCUGAUUUAUGCCUGUGCUUCCAAGUUAGGUAGUUUAGGUGCUGGGUGCUUUGGGAAUUGGUGUAACUCUUUCCUAUGAUUCCCCUUUCCUUCCCUUCCCCUUAAAAAAUGCAGCUUUGUGAAGAUAGGAGAAAAAUCCUCAGUAAAAUGAGCAUUUGCUAGGUGCUAGAUGGAUGCAGCUUUAUCCUGCUUGCCAGCAUGCCUAGUUCUUGGGUUGCUUGUUGUCCUGUCCCUCCCUCCAGAAGCCUUGCAUACUAUUUUCCAGCCAGUUCGGACUCCACUUCAAGCUGCUGGGACUCUGCAUUGCAACACCUAUUGUCUGUAUGAAAAUGGUCUUGAUGAGAUAGGAGAAUGUGCAUUUCAGCAAAAGUUUUGGAAGUGCAUGUCAGACACAGCGGUAGUUGUCAGGCUCCUUCGAAAACGAUCUAGGACUGUUAUAGUUCCCUUUGAGAGACAGAGACACACACACACACACACACACACACACACACACACACGUACGUGCUUGAGAUCGACUCCUCCCAGAGUCCUCUCUGACCCUAUAGGAACAUGAAGCCUUAAAUAUCUCCAUAGCAUAUCAUAGUCUAUCUAUGUAGUCUUUUCUUUGUGUAUAAAUGAACAGAUGGGGAAAUAAUUCUGAGUCUCCAGCACUGUUGAUGUCUGGAUUUUUAAAAAGCCAACUCCAUUGAAAAAAAAAAUCAAAGUCAUGACUAGGUAGAAAAUAACAAGCAUUUUUUUUUUCUUCUUAAAAAAAAAUAGUACUAAAAGGUACAUCAAUGGCUAAAUCCCAUGGUGCCAACAUGUAAAGAGUGAUAUUUAGUAGACCAGGGACAUUUGGGGCUCUGAGGGAAGACCUUUUGCUAAGCAGGGCAGGGUCUGUCAUCUACAAAGAGCACUCUUUUUUCCUCAAACUUUAUUCCACUGGGCAGCUGCCCCAGAAACUCAAAUCCUUGGUUCUAGUUCAGUGUUCCUUGAACCUGGGUAGUGGUCAUGUAACCUCUGUCAUCAGGAAGGCAUUACUGACUUAAGCUGCAAUUUGCCUUAAAGAUUCAAUUAGUAAUGCUGGGUAGGAACAUAGAUUUGCCAACAUUAAAUAUUCCCUAUUUCCUGACUUUCCUUGCUUCUUACAUCUCCACACAGUUUCUUCCUAGUCGAAAGUGGACAAGGUGAGUCCAUAUUGGUCAGAAAUAUGUCCUUAGAACUUAACAAAAUGCAUGAGCUGCUUCUUCUUGCAUGUAAAACCUUUUCUAUUGUCAAAUACACAAAUUCUCUUAGCAUUGCCCUGCCGUAUCAUUCAAGUUAGUGAAGAUACAGCUGUAGCUUUGUGUGGGUUCAGGGCCAUUAAGUGAAUAAGAUAACAUGGAAUCUUCUAGCAUGAGAGAAGCCCUCUUGGUUUCCAAAUUGCAGAUCUGAUGCAGAUACUGGUCUUUUCUCUGGUAGUUUGCCCACAUUUGGGUGGCUAGAAUCUGGGCUAACAUUUCCUAGAAGUGCCAAAAGCUGAACAAGAUGAAGGCUGCAACUCCACUUGAUAUAAACAGAUUAUUUGCAUCUUUUAAAGACAAGAUUGUUUAACUGAAGGUUAGCAUGGUUUUAUUUUUUUCAAGAAAAAUUAAUAAGGAACUGAACUAAGGUUUUUUACCUUCUUUACCAACUGAAAAAUGCUACUUUUUAGCUUACUAUAAACAAGUUGUUGUGCAUAUAUUAAACUUCUCUGGAGACUGGUCAGCUCCACCCAGAUCCCUAUUGGGUGUACUGGAACAUGUCUUAUACCUUGGCUAAGGACAGUGCAAGUAACUGAGGACUCACUUGAGGAAGCCUGGCCCACCUCAUAUUGGCUCACAUAUUGGGCUUUCAUCUAAACAAAAUUGGCUUUUGAAAAUGCAUCUAAGGAGAGCAUCCCAUUCAUUGCAUGUAUUUUCCUAUGGUGGGAAAGGAGUUAAAGUUGAAUGUUUUUUUGUUUGUUUUUUGUGAGACAAUGAAGGUUAAGUGACUCGCCCAGGGUUACACAGCUACUGUCAAGUGUCUGAGGUCAGAUUUGAACUCAGGUCUUCCUGAAUCCAGCCAGGGCCAGUGCUUUAAUCACUGCGCCACCUAGCUGCCCCUGUUCCAUCAUUUCCAAUCCGAAUAUGAGGGUUCUUGAUUUAGGUCUCUCAUCUGUUAUUCUCUGUCACAUUAUAAGGGAAUGGCAUAAAGAAUGGAGCGAUUGUGAUGUGAAAAAAACAAGUAUGAGGUGUGUUUCUUUGUCUGUUAUAUUUUCUAAGCUCUGAGCUGAACUACCCAGACCAAAGUAUUCUCUGUUGCUGGUGGACGUAUAUUGUCCUGGUUUUUUUUGAGAAGUAGGGUAAGGGACAGACAGGUCUCCCUGGCUAAGCUAACACUCCAAAGUAGAUCUCAUACUGAUUUAUUUUCCAAAGUAGUGAAAGUCUACAAAGAAAAAUGUAUGGAAAAAGCUGCACUUAACUCUUUCCACUGAUCAAAAGAAGGUUAUUUGGCUCAAACUCAGAUUUUAAUUCUUCAGGUGUCAAGCUGUUCAUUCUUAAGGCUCUUGCAUGUUGGAUAUAUGGAUCCUGUUACCUUACUGUCUCUUUGUCGCUUUGUUUUUGAAUAGCCAUUUAACAAACCAGACCCUUGGUAUGCUAGGCCAUUGAGGUUUUCCUAAUGGGGCAUUCCUUAGUUAGGAAUGCCUGAUGGGGAGUGUUGGACCAGGAACACACUGGGGUUGGUUUAGGAGGGAAACCAAACCUCAGCUUGGCCCUGGGGCAGAGCACUAAUGUUUUCCAUCCUGGCUCCAUUCAAACUAUUGUGUACACGGAUUCUGUGAAGCCAGCACCGUGUGUAUGAAGUCACUUUGUCUGUACUGGAUCACUGUUACUAUCCUUGUGUGUGAGAAACUGAUUAAACAAUUAUGUCAAUGGUUAAUUGGACACAUACCCUAGA